CAGCUGUUUCAAAUUGAGUAGUUCACGUUUGACAUUUUUUACAAAUUUAAAUAUACAAACCUUUGGUUACCAAAUAUAUUAUAAGUGAUUACAACAUUAAUUAUUUAUUAGUAAAUUAAUGCAUUAUUACAUGGUCACUUCAUUAUGAGAGCUAGAUUUGCGACAUUCUUUUCAUAUAUUGGAACACGGUUUAGAUCGUCUGAAAAAAUAUGGCUUAAGGAGGGUCGUUACUAUCCGGACCCUGAGAGCAUUCAAGGUUUAAUGGAACUGGCUCUACUUAAAAUUAAACCAUUAAAUUACCCUAACGUAUUUCUAUCAAGCCGCACAGAUGGUGGAGUACAUGCUCUGAACACAUGUGCACAUUUUGAUUUGGAGAGACGUAAGGAUUUAGUUUACGAGCCAGCAUACCUAGAACAUGAAAUCAAUAAAUACUUCUUUGAGCACAACAUAAGCAUACAAGUUAACAAGUGUCUUCAAGUCAACGAUGAUUUCAACGCUAGACAUGACGCUUUAUCACGGACAUACCUCUACAGGUUAGCAGUUAUAAAACCUGAAAUAAAAUUAGACGAGAAAAUAAACAUUGCAACAUUGAUACCAAUCGAAGAAUGGAGGAGAUGUCACUUCAUUAAACCAAAAAUUUUUGAUAUAGAGCUGUUUAAAGAAGCUGCUAAGUACUUUGUGGGAUAUCACGACUUCACAACAUUCAAAAGAUUCGACAAAUUGAAGGCCCACAAACACAACAGGAGAGAAAUUAAGAGUAUAAACAUAAAACAGGGCUCUCCGUGUGUCACAAGUUAUUCAACUAAAAGGGAUAGUUGUUUUAAUUACUGGGAUAUUGAGGUACAUGGAAGAUCCUUUGUACAUAAUCAGAUACGUCGGAUGAUAGGCACAUUAAUAUCUGUGGCUUCCGGUAAGUUACAACCGAAAGACAUUCAGGUGAUGCUACAGGUACCUUCCAAACACUCCUGGCAUUCGUUCAUACAGAACUGUCCACCCGACGGCCUCUACCUGGCUGAUGUCGAAUACAAACAAGAAGAUCUUAUAUAUGACCCAAACAGGCUGAAUAUUUUGGACAGUGGACAUGAGUUUCUUGAGCGAAUUGAAAAAGAAAAAGGAGGAAUUGAGGAACGCCGUGACUGUCGUGACUCGUGCUGACGGACUCAAGUUCAUCGAAGGUUCUGACGACGUUUUGACAGAAACUUGUUAUGGCUUCGUCGUGGACACGAAACCAGAUGACGUUCCUGUACUGAUCAUAGAUUACCUGUAUAUAGGCUCACAGGAUUGCGCUGUUGAAAGUGUA